UUUUUUCAUCGAUAUAUGUAUUUAUCUAUGUAGCUAUCUUCGUAUCUCGUUGUUACUGCCGCCUGCAUCACCCACUGUCAGCUGAUGUCAGCCAGUUAGUAUUGUAGCCUGCAUUGAUGAGAAAGCUUCUUGUUGGCAUUCGGCAUUUCCAAUCUAAUAACGUGGAGCCCAUCCAACCCUAUAUUCAGGCAUCCAUCCCAUCCAUUUGGACAUUUAGGUUAAGAGAGUGACAAUGUUUUGCCCACUCGUCGUUGUUGAUAUCGGUUGUUUUGGUGUUUUUCUCGUCGCCUAGCUGCAUUGGGAAAACGUUUUGUGGGGUCAUAUCGUGGCGCGUUGUUAUUCACAUUGUCGUCGUUGUCGUCAUUGAGUUUGCAGUAAUAACAAAAAAACAAAAACAUAAAAUUCACGAAUAUAGCAAAAAUGAAUCGGUCGGUUAUCCAUCGAUAGUCUAUCCUAUAUUGUAUAGAAAAUUUAAAAUGUGCUUAUACAAAAUCUGUUUUUGUUUUACUUAUGUGUCAAUGAAAUAAAAGGUGAUUCCCAAACGAAACUAGUAUCGUUCGCCAAAUAUUCUAAAUACCAACUAUUCUAAACAAUUUGCCACUUUAUUUGCUGGGUUAAAACUGUUGUUCGCUCAUCUUAGUAAAUAAUAAACAAACAAACAACAAAAUAUAAUUACAAGUUUUAAUGUUCGUGCUUAACAUUUGGAAAAAUACAAAACUUUAUUAGGAAACCAACCCAUCACACUUCGUAAAUACCUACUACAAUUCUAAACAACAACAACUCUCUUUGGAUAUCUAGCUGUAGAUUCCUCCAUCAUUCAAUCAUGGCGGAUUCUUAUUAUCAGGGGGAUUACAUAAAACAUCCUGUCCUGUACGAACUCAGCUACAAAUAUGGUUUCACAGAUAAUUUACCCGAGAGUGGCUUGCCCAGCCGCUUGGAGGAGAUCAAAGAGGCGAUACGACGAGAAAUACGCAAAGAGUUGAAAAUCAAAGAGGGCGCAGAGAAACUGCGUGAAGUUGCCAAAGAUCGCCGUUCGUUGAACGAUGUCGCUGCCAUUGUCAAAAAGAGCAACAAUAAAAUUGCCGAAUUAAAAUCCGAACUGCAAGAAUUGGAAUCACAAAUUCUCUUGACGCAGGGCAAUGAUCGAGAUAUCCUCUCACCCACCACCCCCAAUGCCAGUUUGGGCGGGAAUUCAAGCGAUGGCAACAAUGAGGGUAAUGGUCUCAUUUCCGGUGGCCACGAACAGCUUAGCGCCAAUGAUAAAUUGCUGCUAUCACUGGAAAAACAACUCAACAUUGAAAUGAAAGUCAAGAAUGGCGCCGAGAAUAUGAUUCAAUCGUUGCAAAGUGGCCACUAUGGUCGUGAUAAGAAACUAUUGGCCGAGGCUCAACAAAUGCUGACAGAUUCUAAGGCAAAAAUCGAAUUUCUUCGAUUGCGCAUACUGAAAGUCAAACAGAAUAAGGAGCAUGCCUAUAAAAUGGCCCAACAGGUGGCAGUGGCCGCCGAUGCAGACAAUUGUUUUGUACCGGGUGGUGCUGGUGGGGGCGGCAUGGUGCCGCAACGUCUGGAAACUUCGUUGGAGGAACGCAUCGAAGAGUUGCGACAUCGUUUACGCAUCGAAGCCGCAGUCGUGGAUGGAGCCAAAAAUGUGAUACGCACCUUAAGAAAUAAUAAAGUGCCGGAUAAAAAGGCUUUGUCGGAGGCCCAUGCCCGUUUAUCGGAAUCAUCCCGCAAACUUGAUCUCUUGUGUCAUUCGCUGGACCUGCGGCGUCUCGAGUUGCCAGCCGACUCGUUGGCUGCGCAACAACUCAAAAGCGAAUUGCAAACGGUGCAGCAAGCCUCAUCGCCAGUACCCUUCAAUUACACCUCGCUGCAAAGCUCCCAUGCUGGUUUCUUGGGAGGUAAACCCUAUCAGCAAGUCUCCACCCUGGGUCGUUGUGCCAGUGUCACGGGUAAGCUAGAGGUGCGCCUGAUGGGCUGUCAAGGCCUGCUGGAAGAUGUACCCGGUCGAUCGCGUCGCGACAAAGACAAUAACUCUAGUCCUGGCGAUUUGCGCAGCUUUGUCAAGGGUGUCACCUCACGCAGCAGUUCGAAAAGUUAUUCAGUCAAGGACGAGACCUCGUCGGAGAUUAUGGCCGUCAUCAAAUUGGAUAACACCACGGUGGCCCAGACCUCGUGGAAGCCCUGCUCCCAGCAAGCCUGGGAUCAACGCUUCUCCAUCGAUCUAGAUCGUUCCCGUGAAUUGGAGAUCGGAGUGUACUGGCGUGAUUGGCGUUCUUUGUGCGCCGUGAAGUUUUUACGCUUGGAAGAGUUUAUUGAUGAUGUGCGGCAUGGCAUGGCUUUACAGCUGGAGCCACAGGGUUUGCUGUUUGCCGAAAUCAAAUUUUUGAAUCCCAUGAUUUCGCAGAAACCCAAGCUCCAGCGUCAGCGCAUGAUCUUCAACAAACAGCAAGUGAAGAACAUACCACGUGCCAAGCAAAUGAACAUCAAUGUGGCCACCUGGGGACGUCUGCUGAAACGCAAUGCCCCCUCCAAUACGAAUUUGGCCGGAGGCAAAAUGGCCGCCACCAAUCGGGACAGUGAGUCGCCGAUUUCACGCACCCCCUCUUCAGGUACCAUAGACCAGGAACCCGAACCCUAUUCACCGGGAAUUUUGGCUCAAAACAUGCAAUACGAUGCGGAUGCAGGCACCAACGAACAUGAGGAGACACCUGGUGAAUGUCCUGAUCCCUCGGUUUCGGGUUUGAGUGGCAAAAGGCCAUUGUCCAUGCAAGGCAUUGCUUUAUUGCCACCAGAGUUGCCAACAUCACCACCACAACCAAAAAGCUCGGCUGCUGCCAAUAAUAAUCUGCACUUGAAUAUAGCGGGGAAACAUUUGCAACCGAAUCCCAUACCCAAACCACCGACCAGUGGUUCCAAGCAGAAUACACCUACAGAUGUGGUGCCACCGCCGGUGCCAGCUACUUCACCUCCGAAAUUGGAUCAAGAGCAGCAGCAGCAACAACAACACCAACCCCAAUCAGCUGGCUCCGGCCUUUAUCAUCGUCCUGUGCUGACCCUACCUCCCGUGGUCAUAAUGGGUGGUGGGGGUGGCAGCGGUGGCCAGUCGCCGCAUGAUUUUAACAGUCCCAUUAUUGAAAUGCCUCCCUCCCCGGCUCCCAUUGUUGAAUAUCCAGAUGAUGAGGAUUACAGCAAUUACCAUCGCAAUUAUAGCAUAGGCGCUGCCGAUGGUUUCCAUGUUGAGGCCCAUAUAAAUCUUGUUCAUAUUAUAAUUGAACCCAUAAUACCAUUAAGUCUAACCACAACAACUACACCAGCAUCAACAACGACAGCGUCAUUUAUGACAAAUGCUUUAACGCCAAGCGAUUCAUCAUCUGAAUGUGAAUGUGUGGCUGCUUCUUCUCCUCCAGCAUGCAAGGCUAACGAAAUAUUGUCACAAGAAACUCUCGAAACACAACAACAAGAACAAGAACCUCCUAAUGUAGUUGCCUCGAAUGCUGCUGCUAUUGUUGCUGCUGCUAAUGAUGAUAAUGCUGAUGAUAAUGAUGAUGAUGGUAGUGGUGGUGAUUUUAGUGCCGCUGACACUACUUUCACCUCUUUAUCCACCUCAGCAUCUGCAACAUCGCCAUUGUCAACGCAAACAACAAAUUUGUCAAAUGUUACUUCCUUGUCCCCCACUGCAUCUGUUGCAACUACAACAGCGGCAGCAGCAUUAGCAGAUAUGACAGGCAACAACAAGACUUACAUAACUAGAGUUAAACAUUUUAUAAGCAAAGUUGAAGAUGAAAAUGACGAUGAGACACAAGAAAUUAAGGUUAUACCACAGUUUAGCAAUGUCUCCAUCAGCAACAACAACAUACAACAACAACAUCACUCAUCACAACCAUCGCCCAUUAUACAGGAGCCACCGACUCCCAUCAUUUAUGGGGGUCAUGCAUCGGCCAGUGAGGCAAAUGCCCCACAAUUUCCCCAACCUGCUCAACGUCAAAGCUAUCAGCAGCAACCCUCACAGCCCUCAUCGAUGUUCCAGCCCCAACAGCCGAUCUACCAAAAUCAAAUUGAGCUUGCCGCCGCUGCUCAACAGAAUGCGCGACGUAAUGUGGCCCGUGGACUCCAAUAUCGUGACUCGGCCUAUGAAUCAAGGCGUCACUCACAAAAUGUCACCGCCCCUCCUGGCAUCUUGUCAAUGGACAAUUUCCGCAUGCUUAGCGUCUUGGGUCGUGGCCACUUUGGCAAGGUCAUCCUGUGCCAAUUGCGUACAAAUAAUCAAUACUACGCCAUAAAAGCUUUAAAGAAGGGCGACAUCAUAGCUCGCGACGAGGUUGAGUCUUUGCUAAGCGAAAAGCGUAUCUUUGAGGUGGCCAAUGCCAUGCGUCAUCCAUUUUUGGUCAACCUGUAUGCCUGUUUCCAGACAGAGCAACAUGUCUGUUUUGUUAUGGAAUAUGCCGCUGGUGGCGAUUUGAUGAUGCACAUCCAUACGGAUGUCUUCACAGAACCCCGUGCUGUUUUCUAUGCGGCCUGUGUUGUCUUGGGUCUACAGUAUUUGCAUGAGAACAAAAUCAUAUAUCGUGAUUUGAAAUUGGACAAUUUGUUAUUGGACACAGACGGUUAUGUCAAAAUUGCCGAUUUUGGCUUGUGUAAAGAGGGCAUGGGUUUCGGUGAUCGUACGGGAACAUUUUGUGGUACCCCUGAGUUCUUAGCGCCGGAAGUAUUAACCGAAACAUCAUACACACGUGCGGUGGAUUGGUGGGGCUUAGGUGUUCUGAUAUUUGAAAUGUUGGUGGGAGAGUCUCCUUUCCCUGGUGAUGAUGAAGAAGAAGUGUUCGACUCGAUUGUCAAUGAUGAAGUUCGUUAUCCAAGAUUCUUGUCAUUGGAAGCCAUUGCUAUAAUGCGAAGGCUGCUGCGAAAAAAUCCCGAAAGACGUUUGGGCUCGUCAGAACGAGAUGCUGAAGAUGUCAAAAAGCAAGCCUUCUUCCGCUCCAUAGUCUGGGAUGAUUUGCUAUUACGCAAAGUCAAGCCGCCAUUUGUGCCCACAAUUGACCACUUGGAAGAUGUAUCCAAUUUCGAUGAAGAAUUCACUUCAGAGAAGCCACAAUUGACACCGCCAAAGGAACCACGCCUAUUGACUGAUGACGAACAAAUGUUCUUCCAAGAUUUUACCUAUACCGCAGACUGGUCUUAAUGCCAUUAUCAUCAUCAUCAUCGUCGUCAUCAUCAUCAGAGAGAAAGGGCCAACUUCUUGAAUGCCAAUUACAAUGUCAUCAAUACGUUUUACUAAGAGAUAAGGGAAAUCUGGCGAAAAUGUUCCCACAAUUAAAUAAAAUGCCACCCCCAAUGAUCAUAUACACAUACACAUACAUACAGAUAAGCAUGCAUGCGCACGGGAGGCACUUGUAAAUUAUUUUUAUUUAAUUUUUUUUUUUCUAAUUUAUACACAUUGUUAAUUUACUAAUAAUCGAUGGUAACUGUUUCGGUUUCACUAUUCGAAAAAAAUCAGAGGAAGGAAAAAACAACAACAAAAAGUUGUAAUUGUUUCAUAAAAUAAUGAUCAUGAUGAUAAUGUA